AUGAGGAUUUUCAUAGCCUUUGAGGGAUCUUUCGAACCCUUCGAUGUUGCAGCAGAUGUGACUGUAGAGGCUGUGAAGCUGAUGAUACAGGAUUAUUUCCACAUUCCCCUCUCUGAAGACAAACAAGGCAGGCGGUAUCUGGAACUGAUGUACGCUGGAGCUGCACUAAAGAACAGCUGGAGUCUUGCUGAUGUUGGAGUAUCUUUCUGUUCAACUCUCAAAUGCUUUCUUAAGGAAGAAGAAAAGCCUACUCUCUACGUGUUCAAUGCUGUAACCCAAGAGACAAUGGCAAUAAUGGAGAACAUUUCCCUUCUUGGUAAAAAAGUAUCUGAUCUGAGAACACUGGUCACUCUGAAAUGUGGCUUCCCUGUGAGUGUCUACUGUCUCCGGACCCCAGAGCGAGUAGAGAUGUAUGACUGCAACUCUCUCAGGGACUACCAGACUGACAUCGGCACCACACUUCGCUUGGACGUCUGGGAUGGAUGGAAGGAAUUUCUGAUGGGUUGUCUCCUCGGACAAAAACUGAAAGUCCAGCGCUACCUAUCAAAAGAAGGACCAGUACUCAAGUAUCAAAGAAGGGUAGCCCUGUACAUUGCUGCCUUUCACGGCCACAUCGAGCUCACUGAAUGGGCCCUGCAGCAGGGCGCGCGGCCCCACGAGGCGGUCGGUGUUCACCCCUAUCGAGCCUGGUGCCAUGAAGCCCUUCAUGCAGACGUCUCUAAAUGCCCCAUUCACGCAGCUGCAGAAGCAGGCCAGCUGCUGAUUCUGAAGGCCUUUGUCAACUGCAGUGUGCUGUGCCUGGAAUGCACAGAUGCAGCGGGACGCACUCCCCUGACCAUCGCAUCCAAACACAAGCACAAAGACUGUGUGUUCUAUCUGCUGAGUAAAAUGUGGUCCACGGUUUCUUUUCUGAAAAUCUCAGUCCCCAUGAGGAUUUACAUUAAAAUCAAACAAUGGAUCCUCAGAGCUCAGAGCCACAGCCUGCACAGCAGCCGGCUGUGCAGAGCAAGGGUCUUUGGGGCCAAAGUCGGAGACACUGUGAUGGUGGAUGGCUUCACCAAGCCCAAGAUGACCUCCAAGAGCUGGCAUCAGGCCGAGAACAAGGACUCCCGCAGCACCUUGCCCAAGCUCCCACUUCUCAUGGAACACACUGCAAGCAGGACACCUGUCAAUCCUUUGGCAAUUUCACAGCCGGACAUGAAAGAACAAACCCUCAAAUUUCCUCCACGGGUGGAUGCAAAUACAUCCUCUGUAUUACAAGAACGUCAGCAUCAAAAUCAGAAAAAAGUUAUUGCCACAGCCAGGAAAAAGGAGAAGCUCCUAAAAAAUACAUAUCUCCCCCAAGUGCCCCUCCCUCCAGUUUCCAGGGCGGGAUAUUCACACCCAUCGUUUUACUAUACCCCCAGCGCUGACUUUUUACGAAGGUCCUCCUUCGCAUCAUUCUCAGAGCACAGCGGGAGGACUCCAAGGGAGAAUGCAGUCUACUGCCUGGCCAUGGCGAGGUAA